GUUUACUUCUCGGCAACUGUGUUGUCCCGGAGUUUCAUGCGCAGAAUCACAAGCCCUGCUUUCAUUUUCAUUUUGGCACUCACUUACCACCAUGUCGCCCACUGCGAAUGCCACUGAGUGGGUAUACUUCUCAAGAUUUCAAACGCAUCCUCUUCUCUACAUUGGAGUUGGUGGGUCAAGCAAUCACUAGUUUACUGAUUGUAUACCAACUGUAUUUGUGGCCUUACAUUUUUUCUCCUUUACGGAACGUCCCUGGACCUCCUCUCGGACAUCCUCUCUUCGGACAGUCUCCAACAAUCAUCAACAGCGAAUCUGGGAUCCCUCAGAGGGAAUGGGCAAAGAAAUACGGUCCCAUCGUUCGCGUUGUGGGUCCUUUCGGCUUUGAGCGACUCUUUUUCCUUCGACCCGAUCCACUACACAAGGUCUUGGUGAAGGAUUGGCUUGGUUAUCCCCGACCAAGUUUUUUGCGCAAAAUUCUUGGACUAGUGACAGGUUAUGGACUUCUUACGGUCACCGGGGAGGAUCACAAACAAAUGAGAAAGGCUAUGAAUCCUGCUUUCUCGAUACCGAAUCUCACAGCUCAGACAUACAUGUAUUAUGAUCCUAUCUACGGACUAGUUCAGCUCAUAGCUUCUGAACUGGACGCACAGAAACAACCGAAGGGCGGGAAAGUCAUACCCGUUUAUGAAUGGAUGAGCAAAGUAACUCUCGACAUCAUAUGUGAGACUGCCUUUGGGUACCGUACGGACUCGAUACACAAUCCGCACAAUGAGCUUGCUGAAGCCUACGAGUCACUCGUCAAUCUACAAUCAGGUCCGAACAUUGCAAAAAUGAUUCUUGCGAUGUCCAUACCAGGACUCUCAACGCUAAUGCUAUCCGACUUGGGACACCGAUAUCGCAACAUUUUCCGCCUAACCAAAUUUACGUCCGAUAUAGCUACCCUUCUCGGAGCGAUGCACACUAUCAAACGUAUUUCACGCGAGAUGCUGUCACAGAAAAUGCGCGCAUCAUCGGAUUCUGGUAUCGCGGAAGGGGAUUCUGAGCUCCAUGGUAAAAAGGAUAUCAUGAGUAUCCUGGUUCGCGCGAGAACGAGCGAAAUCGAAGGUCAGUACAAGAUGAGUGACGAGGCCAUGAUGGAUCAGGUUCUGACCUUCCUUGGUGCUGGCCACGAGACUACCGCUUCCGGACUAGCUUGGACUCUCUGGCUUCUUGCCCAAGACCAGUAUAGUCAAGAUAAGCUGCGCCACGAGAUUAGACCAGUAUUUGCGCAAAAUGACCGACCCGACUACAAGACGCUGAAGGAUUUGAAAUGGCUCGACUGCGUCAUUAUGGAAAGCCUUCGUGUCAUGCCUCCAGUCCCAAUUACGGUAAGGAAGGCAGAGAAAACAGACUAUAUUGAAGGGAUCUUGGUUCCCAAGGGUACAUUACUUUGGAUCCCUAUUCGUGUUGUGAACACCUGGAAAGAGAUUUGGGGGGAAGAUUCUGAAGAAUUCCGACCGAAGCGAUGGCUGGACCUCCCGAAGGAAUACCAUCCAAGUUUAUCCCUUCUUUCCUUCAUUGCAGGACCACAUGCAUGUAUUGGGAAGACAAUGGCGAUUGUCGAAAUGAAAGCUGUUCUAGCCGCUUUGAUCGCGAACUUCCGAUUCGAACCCGCAUACGAGGGACAAAAAGCCCAUCCUGCAGCAGCGAUCACGAUGAAACCUACUGACGGUAUGCCGCUCCGAGUCAGGAAGGCAUCCCAGCCAUAAUGAUUCGUUCACUGUGCUACUCUGAUCACACUCGACGUGGUCAGAAUUGAUAUUGUCUGUGAUUUAGUUCAUUGUUCGUGUAGCCUUUUGUUGUUUUGGAGUAUGUAGUCGGCAAAACCUUCUCGUUCGGAAUCUUGUAUCGCCUUCUGUUCGUGUGGUUUUCGUUUUGGUCUAUUAUCACGCAUGACGUGCAAUUCCUCAUCCUCCCCGUUCUUUUGGCUUGCUAUCCUUUGCCUUGUGACUGUCCCUUCAACAUGACCACCACCUCAACAUAAUCAUCGUGAUUCGUUGUAAGUAAUUGUAAGUAAUUGUAUAUAUACCA